GCUGCUGGCAGGGCGGUGGUUUGGAGCGAGGGUAGCACGUUGAACUGAAAGCCGCUCGGUCCAGUACAAGGCCUGCAGUCCGGUGGGAAUCUGGGGGCCUGCAGGCCAGUGUCCGGUGGGAAUCCGGGGGCCUGGACAGGUGUGGGUCCUUAGGGGAUGGAUCGCGUGUGGAGUGCGUGGUGCGGGAAGUGCGUCAAAGAGAAAGGGUCGUCACCACUUUGGGCCCAGCGCAUCGUGGUCGCCUGGCUCAGUAGGGCCGAGUGGGAUCAGGUGAUGGUAUAUCUGUUCUGUGACGACCAUAAAUUGCAGCGGUACGCCCUGAACCGCAUCACCGUGUGGAGAAGCAGGUUAGGCAACGAACUCCCCCUGGCAGUGGCUUCUACUGCUGACCUGGUACGCUGUAAGCUCAUGGAUGUAACUGGUGGCUUGGGCACUGAUGAACUUAGACUGCUCUAUGGCAUGGCGUUGGUCAGGUUUGUGAAUCUCAUUUCCGAGAGGAAGACAAAGUUUGUCAAGCUCCCUCUCAAGUUCCUGGCUCAGGAGGUAAACAUUCCGGAUUGGAUUGUUGAACUUCGCCAUGAGUUGACUCAUAAGAAAAUGCCCCAUAUAAAUGACUGCCGCAGAGGCUGUUAUUUUGUUCUGAAUUGGCUCCAGAAGACAUACUGGUGCCGCCAACUGGAGAAUAGCCUGAGAGAAACCUGGGAGUUGGAGGAGGAUAGGGAAGAGACAGAUGAAGAAGACCAAGAGGAAGAUAAAAACAUUGUUGUUGAUGACAUCACAGAACAGAGAACAGAGCCUAAGGAUAAGGGGAAAGGUGCAGAACUGGAUGUCAGGGUUGAUGGAAACAGUGAAAGCAACAAAGAGGUUGAUUCACAUUGGGAAAAGGCUCUGAGACAUAAAGAGCUAUAUGAAAGAGCCCGAGAACUGCUGGUAUUAUACGAAGAGGAGCAGUUUAAGGUGCUUGAGAAAUUUAGGUAUUUACCUCAGGCUGUUAAGGCAUGGAACAACCUGUCUCCACCUGUAGAAUGCAUCCUGGCAGAGCUCAAAGGCAUUACAUGUGAGAACAGGGAGGCUGUGUUGGAUGCUUUUCUGGAUGAUGGCUUUCUUAUCCCCACAUUUGAACAGUUGGCAGCUUUGCAGAUAGACUAUGAAGAUGGGCAGACUGAGGUCCAGAAAGGGGAAGGUACUGACCCAAAGUUACACAAGAACAUGGACUUGAGUGACAUCCUGGUGCCAAAGCCAUUUUCUCAAUUCUGGCAGCCCCUGCUCAGGGGUCUGCAUUCCCAGACCUUCACGCAGGCCCUGCUAGAGAGGAUGUUCUCCGAGCUGCCAACCUUGGGGGACAGUGGGAUCCGGCCCACCUACAUCCUCAGAUGGACCAUUGAACUGAUUGUGGCUAACACCAAGACUGGACGGAAUGCCCGCCGAUUUUCUGCAAGCCAGUGGGAAGCAAGAAGGAGCUGGAGGCUAUUCAACUGCUCUGCCUCCCUUGACUGGCCCCGGGUGGUUGAGUCCUGCUUGGGCUCACCUUGCUGGGCUAGCUCCCAACUCCUUCAGCUUGUCUUCAAAGCCAUGGGACAGGUCCUGCCAGAUGAGGAGCAGGAGAAGCUGCUGCGCAUCUGUUCCAUUUACACCCAGAGUGGAGAAAACAGCCUAGUACAGGAGGGCUCAGAGGCCUCCCCCAUUGGGAAGUCUCCAUAUACACUGGACAGCCUGUAUUGGAGCUUCAAACCAGCUGGUUCCAGCUUUGGAUCUGAAGAACCCCAGCAGCAGGAGGAGCAGGGCAGCCUUAAUGAUCUCCAGAAAAAUGAGGAGAAAGAGGUAUUGGAAAAUCAGGUGGAGGAGGAGGAAGAGGAAAACGAUGACCAGAAGUGGGAUGAGGAGGAGGAUGAAGAUGAUGAUGAUGAAGAGGAGGAGGAGGAGAGAAUGGAGGUGGAGCCUUUUUCUACUGAGGAGUCUUCCACUGCUGAGAAUUCCAGGCUCCUGGCCCAGAAAACAGGAGCUUUACAGGGCUCUGCAUGGCAAAUUAGCUCUGAAGAUGUACGAUGGGAUACCUUUCCCUUAGGCCUAAUGCCAGGUCAGACUGAGGACCCAGCAGAGCUUAUGCUGGAAAAUUAUGACACCAUGUAUCUUUUGGACCAGCCUGUGCUAGAGCAGCGGCUGGAACCCCCAACAUGCAAGACUGGCACCCUUGGCUUGAGCUGUGGCAUGGGCAGUGACAACUGCAGCAACAGUAGCAACGGCAGCAGCAACUUGGAGGGCCUUCUCUGGAGCCAGGGCCAGCUGCAUGGACUCAAAACUGGCCUACAGCUCUUCUGAUACCCAUUCUGGUGCAAAGUGUUUAUUCAGUCCUGCUGGCGCAACAACCCAUUCCCUGCCCCUUUUGUCCCUCACUCCUGCCCUUCUUGUCCCCUUGCUCUUCCCCCAGUGCACUUGAUGCUCCAUGAAACAACCUGGAAGACAGUCCAUAUCAGCCGUAUCAGCUCAACUUUCCAUCAGAGUGGAAUUUUGACUGUUUUGUUUUUUUUUUAAUUUUGUUUUGAAAAACAAUAAAAAAUAAACAGUUUCGAUGUUUGUUAGAUGAGGGGAUGUGUGCUGGGGCAAACCAGUGUAGUUCUCCCUUUAUUCUAGGGGGCAGCAGAGAAUGUGGGAUCAUAACAGGACUUUAAGCAGAAGCUUGGUCCUUUUGCCCCUUGGGCCCACUACCCCUAGUCAUUUUCACAACCAGGCCCCACUCAUACUUUCUUCCUGAUUCAAACCAUUUUCAUUUCUAUGACCUGUAGCAUGGGGCCAGCUUACUUAGAAGCAUUAGGCCCCAUAAGAGAGGCAUUGGUGUCUAUAGAGCCCAGCCAGCAUCAGGCGAAUCUGCUCAGAACCUCCCUGACAGUGGGAAGAUCCAGGCCUUCCUGAUGCUACCUAGGAGGCUUCUGGUUCAUUUCCUUGCUUACCCUCACUGGGCACUAAACAGCAAAUGAAAGCCAAAGAAAAUCCUUCGUUAUUUUUCCAUUCCUUUGGCCAAGAAAGAUAGAGUGGACUUUACUAUAGUAGGCAUUGGAGACAGAGAAUAUCUUAUGGAGUGACCCAGAGCUCCUUCUCUGUGGUCACCCAAUUCCCUCAGACACUCAAGAGUGCCUACACUGUGUCAGCUCUGAGCUGCUAAGACACUGGGGUGAAUAAAUCAUGUUCACAUCCCUCAGAGCCCUCUGCCUGUGAGAAAAGACAAAAGUUGCCAAUUAUAAUCUGAUGUUCUGCUAAGUGCCCUAAGGGAGCUCUGGUGUGCCACAAGUUCUUUGUUUUUUUUUUAGGGUGGAGGUUGAGGUAAAGUCUGGCUAUGGUAUUAUCAAUUCUGGGGAGAGUGAUAGCUGAGCAAGAGAGUGUGCAUCUCUCUCGGGCCAAGUUGGGCCCAGACAAGAGGAAGCAAGGGACAGAUCUAGGCAACAUUUCAGACAAGAAGCUGGCCCAAGGGGUAGCUUGGAGCUAAGGAAUGAUGAAAAAAAGGAGAGGGCUUAUGCUGUGAAAAUUCCAAGGAGGAAUUUAGUGGAAAUGUUAUGCCAGAGCACUGUCAAAUAUUAACUUGAGGUAGGAUCCCUGUGAAGUCCCCAACAUCUCUUAAAGGGUAUCCAGAAUAUCUUUGUGGGUAUGUGUAUAUAAUCAUUUUUCUAGAACUGGCCCACAGAUCUAAUAAGAUUAUCAAAGGGUCCAUCAGUCCAACAGCCCAACAGGGUUAAGAUUUCCUAUCUUGUGUAGACCCAAGCAUUAGGAUUGGGCAGAGCAGUCUCCUGCACUGGUUAACACAAAGUCAGUUUACCUCCAAAUCUUCCCACCCCUGCCACAAUGGUAAAUGCUGUUUUUCAGCAUUGUGGAAUGUCAGAGCUGAAGGAUCCCAGAGCAUCUAAGCCACAUAUAGCCAAGAGAUUUAUGAACAUGUACUCUAUGAUGUAGCUCAGCACCUGCUCCAUGUGGAGAUGGGUGUUGCAAACUUGUGGUUACCCUCUACCACUUCUCUGGAGCUGCCUGGAUUUUAUAUAUUAUGUAUGUAUUGGUAUUGUAUGUAAGAUAUUUUUUUGCCAAAAAUUUGGAAAUCAUG